CUGGACUUUGCUUCCUCAGGACCUGCCAUGAAGCUGGCUUAGAGCUGAAAAAACGUUCGGCAACAGGCUCGCCUUCACAAGUCCCACUUCCACAAACUGGAACUUCUGAGCGGCAGAAACUGGAAAUCCCGCCAGCCUUUUCCCGCAUUUGUGCUCUGACACUGGGCUGUUAACAUCUCUCCAGAUGGUGUCUUGCUUCACGAAGACAACAGCACCGUUUUCUAGCAAGGAAAACGGGCUCAGGGAAGCUAAGUGAAUGUCUAACAUGACAUGGCUUGUCUAGCAAAAGGACAUCAUUUAAACUAAAAAGUCUGCUCAGGCCAUCAAGGCACCAGUGCCAGAGACUGAAUGGCACAAGAGUCACAGGGGGGCAGUCAGCAGGGCCCUGUGUGUGUGUGUGUGUGUGUGUGUGUGUGUCCCAGACCUGCUGUGCUGUGUCACAAGGAGACCCCGGAAGGAUCAUUCCCUUUGUCAGCUGCGGUGUUCCUGCAUUGUCCUGAUUCCUUUGGAGAGCCUUUACAGGUAAACAAUUCAAAAUGUGAUUCGGGUGUCAGCUUCUGGCUGUCACUGCAGGACGUUCCCUGGCUCUUCACAGGGGCAAAAGAACAGCACCACCCAUGAGUAAUAGUUAACCAGCCAGACACCCCACAUAUAAAAAAGCCCAGUCAGGGCUGCUCGGCUGUUUCCACAGGAUGCACUGGGCAAAAAUACUGGGGGCGGUUGUCGGGGCUGCUGCCCUCUUGGGGCUGGGGAUCAUUCUGGGCCACUUUGCUAUCCCCAAAGCAACUGACCCUCCAGCCCCCAGCACUUCAGACUCCCAGGACUUGGACCUGGAGAUCCUUAACCUUGUAAUGGAACAACUUGAUGCCAGCAGGAUCCAAGAGAACCUUCGAGAACUCUCCAAGGAGCCGCACGUGGCCUCCAGCCCUCGGGAUGAGGCCCUGGUGCGCCUACUGCUGGAGCGCUGGCAGGAUACAGCAACUGGCCUGGACUCCGCCAAGUCCUAUGAGUAUACCGUCCUGCUCUCCUUCCCCAACCGGGAUCAGCCGAACGUCGUGGAAGUCGUGGGCCCUGAUGGAACCGUCCUCCACGCCUUCCAACCCGGAGAGAAAAAUCUGACCGGGGAGCAGCAGGGGCCCAAUGUGUUGCAACCUUAUGCUGCCUAUGCACCGGCUGGCACCCCACAAGGCCUCCUCGUCUAUGCCAACCGAGGCUCUGAAGAGGACUUCAAGGAGCUAGAGACUAAGGGAAUCAAGCUCGAAGGCACCAUCGCCCUGACUCGCUAUGGGGGCGUGGGGCGUGGCGCCAAGGCCAUUAAUGCUGCCAAACACGGAGUGGUUGGAGUGCUGGUAUACACAGACCCUGGGGACAUCAAUGAUGGGAAGACCUUGCCCAGCGAAACCUUCCCCAACUCCUGGGGACUGCCUCCCUCAGGUGUGGAGCGAGGCUCCUACUAUGAGUAUUUUGGGGACCCUCUGACUCCCUACCUUCCAGCUCACCCCUCUUCUUUCCGCCUGGAUAUUAACAACAUCUCGGGAAUUCCCCCAAUUCCUGCCCAGCCCAUUGGCUUUGAGGAUGCAAGAGACCUGCUCUGCAACCUCACUGGACCCCCUGCCAGUGCCUCCUGGAAGGGAGCCCUGGGCUGUGACUACAAUCUGGGGCCUGGCUUCAAGCAGGAUGGGAGCUUCCCAGCAGGCAGCGAGGUGAAAGUGAGAGUUCACAACAGCCGGGAGCUGAGAAACUCCUCCAACGUGCUGGGCAUCAUCCAGGGGGCAGUGGAGCCUGAUCGUUAUGUGAUCUAUGGAAACCAUCGGGACAGCUGGGUACACGGAGCCGUGGACCCCAGCACCGGUACCGCCGUCCUCCUGGAGAUCUCCCGAGUCCUGGGGACCUUGCUAAAGAAGGGCACCUGGAGACCCCGUAGAUCCAUCAUCUUCGCCAGCUGGGGGGCAGAGGAAUUCGGGCUCAUUGGCUCUACGGAAUUCACAGAGGAGUUCCUCAGCAAGCUGCAGGAGCGCACGGUGGCCUACAUCAAUGUGGAUAUCUCUGUGUUCGCCAAUGCUACCCUCCGGGCACAGGGGACACCCCCUGUACAAAGCGUCAUCUUCUCUGCCACCAAAGAGAUCAGUGCACCAGGUCGCAGCGGCCUCAGUAUCUAUGACAACUGGAUCCAAUAUACCAACCGCAGCAGUACAGUGUAUGGCCUGGUCCCCAGUCUAGGUACACUGGGUGCAGGCAGCGACUACGCCUCAUUCAUCCACUUCCUGGGCAUCUCUUCCAUGGACCUGGCCUACACCUAUGACCGGAGCAAGACCUCAGCCAGGAUCUACCCUACCUACCACACGGCUUUUGACACGUUUGAAUACGUGAAGAAGUUUCUGGACCCUGAUUUCAGCAGCCACCGAGCCGUGGGCCAGACUGCUGCGAGUGUGCUUCUUCGGCUCAGUGACAGCCUCUUCCUGCCCCUCCAUGUCAGUGACUAUAGUGAGACGCUGCACAGCUUCCUGAAUGCUGCUCAGAGGGACCUCGGCACCCUACUGGAGCAGCACGGUAUCAGCCUGGAUCCCCUGGUGACCGCAGUGAAGGAGUUUGAGACAGCAGCUGCGGCCUUGGUCAGGCGCAUCUCAGCACUGCAGAACAGCAGCCCUGACCCCUUGCAGGUACGGAUGGUCAACGAUCAGCUAAUGCUCUUGGAACGGGCGUUCCUGAACCCAAGGGCUUUCCCAGAGAAUCCGUACUAUAGUCACGUGCUCUGGGCACCCAACACAGCCUCUGCUGCCACAUUCCCAGGCCUGGCCAACGCCUGUGCUAGGGCCCAGGACACCAACUCCGGAUCUGAAGCGUGGGCUGAAGUACACAGGCAGCUUAGCAUUGUAGUAAUGGCACUGGAGGGAGCAGCAGCCACCCUGAAACCCGUGGAGGACCUCUGACCCUAGCCCUGUGUCUUGGGGCUCCUCGUAUCUUGCACCUCUCACCUGUUUACCUAGGUUAUGUCCCAGUCUUUGAUGAGGUCAGGAGUAGCUACAACCAGGAAACACUCUCAAGCUUUUGGGGCAACAGCCGGGUUCUUGCAGUUAAACACACCUGCUCAUGGUAGUGGGUGAAACUUGGGCCCAAAGCAGCGGGUAGAGGCCACUGCCUAACCUUUCCUUUUGCCCUGCUCUUCCAUGUUCUAUCUCCCCUCUCAACCCUCAAAUAAAAGAAGUCUAAAAAGUUC